UUUAAUGCUACUCUACCCUGCAGCCGCGGGCAGUUUCCAAUCCGUCCAAAAGCCUGCUUCGUCAUCAAUCCAAAUGUAGAAUGUGUGGAGUCGAGUUUUAUCCUCUGUCAUUUCAGCCAAACAGGAAAUGCCUGGAGAUUUCCUCAUAGUUCCAUCGCUAACUGCCACUGAACUUUCAGAACUUGUCACUGGAACAAGUUGAGUUCAGACGGAUCACUUCUCCCUGUCUCAGGUCAAAAACGCUGUUUCCCUGUUCUUUGGGCUCUGAAAAUUCAACCAUGCUCUCGAAGGUCCACAUCACAGCUUUUAUCCUGGUAGUAGGUAUAUUGCAACUGGCCAGAUCAUUCAAUGUUGAUGUGAAAAAUCCGAUGGUAUUUACUGGUUCCCAAAGAGAUAUGUUUGGAUAUGCUGUUAAACAAUUUGAAAAUAAUGAAGGGAAAUGGCUUCUUAUUGGCUCUCCCUGGGAAGGGCAACCCAUAAACCGAACUGGUGAUGUCUACAAAUGUCCAACAUUCAAGACCAGCAAUCCAGAAUGCAUGAAGCUAAACUUAGCUGAGUUUUUAACUGUUCCUGAAAUCACUGAAGUUAAAGAGAAUAUGACUUUGGGGAUGUCAUUGACACUAAAUCCAAAAGCAGGCUUUCUGACGUGUGGGCCACUUUAUUCUUACAAGUGUGGAGGUCUAUAUUAUACAGCUGGUGCCUGUUUGAAUGUAAGCUCCACUUUCCAAGCUAUAAACACAAUAGCGCCUACAGUGAAAGCUUGCAAGUCACGACUUGAUAUUGUGAUUGUACUUGAUGGUUCCAACAGCAUAUAUCCUUGGACAAGUGUUAACAACUUCCUUAUAAAAUUACUGGAAAAAAUUGAAAUUGGACCUCAGCAAACCCAGGUUGGAAUUAUGCAAUAUGGCCAUAAAGUCACACAUGAAGUCAGUCUCAACCAGUACAACACAACAGAAGAUCUUGUGGAAGCUGCUAAAAAGAUAAAGCAGUGGGGUGGAAAUGAGACAAAGACGGCACUUGGAAUUGAGUAUGCCAGGACAGAGGAAUUCAGUGAAGCACGAGGAAUGCGAAAAGGAGUUUCGAAGGUGAUGGUUGUGGUAACUGAUGGUGAAUCACAUGACAGCUACAAUCUACAGAAUGUAAUCGAAAAAUGUGAAAACGAUAAAAUUCGGAGGUUUGCUAUUGCGGUGCUUGGCAGCUACAACAGAGGAAAUCAGAGUGCUGAAAGGUUUCUAAAAGAAAUAGAGUUUAUCGCAAGUUCACCUAAAGAUAAACAUUUUUUCAAUGUAUCAGAUGAAAAAGCAUUGGUGACGAUAGCCGAAGCCCUUGGAGAGCAAAUCUUUGCUUUGGAAGCAACUAGUGACCAGCAAGCUGCCUCUUUUGAGAUGGAAAUGUCACAAGCUGGGUUCAGUUCACAUCACACAAAGGAUAGCAUCAUGUUAGGAGCAGUUGGAGCUUACGAUUGGAAUGGAACAGUGCUUUUACUAAAGAACAAUGAUGCGGUUAUCCCACACAAUGAGGCAUUUUUGGACAAAUCAAAAGAAGUUAAUGAACCUCUUGCUGGAUAUUUAGGUUACUCCCUGAGCUCUGUCUCAGUUCCUGGGGAUGUGUGGUAUGUUGCUGGGCAACCUCGAUAUAAUCAUACCGGACAAGUUAUUAUUUAUACUUCAAAGGGAAAGAAAACAAGCAUUGUACAGACUCUUAAAGGAGAACAGAUUGGUUCAUAUUUUGGCAGCACUGUGUGUGCUAUUGACAUCGAUAAAGAUUCGUUAACUGAUAUUCUUCUUGUUGGAGCUCCUAUGUACAUGGGAACUGAGAAAGAAGAGCAAGGAAGAGUUUAUGUUUACAAUCUGAAAGAGAAUGAGUUUCGAUACGAAAUGAUCCUUGAGCCAUUGAAGCAGAAGUGUAGUUGUCAUUCUGCCUCAGGUCUCCAUGCUGGGAAAUUCAAUGAGGUUACGACCGAUGAUCGGAAAUGCCCCCAACUCUUGAAACAACCAUGUGGUUCUCGUUUUGGUACAGCUAUAACUGCAGUUUCAGAUCUCAACCUGGAUAACUACAAUGAUGUUGUCAUUGGGGCACCUUUAGAAGACAGCCAUAAGGGUGCAGUCUACAUCUUCCAAGGAUCUGGUACAACCAUUAACAAAAAACAUUCACAGCGCAUCUCUGCAUCUGCACCAGAUGUUCAUUUCAAUUACUUUGGCCAAUCGAUCGAUGGGCAAAUGGAUUUAAAUGAUGACGGUCUAGUCGAUAUUACAGUUGGAGCACUAGGUGGUGCUGCCCUCUUCUGGUCCCGUGACAUAGUGCAGGUCAGGAUAACCAGACUGAAAUUUCAACCCAACAAGAUCAAUAUCCAGAACAAGAAUUGUGCAAUUGAUGAGAAACCAACAGUGUGCAUUACAGCAGAGCUUUGUUUCAAUGUUAGCCUGAAGUCUGGUAAAAAGCCGUCACAACCAAUUGUUCUUGAAUACAGCAUUGUAAUAGACUCUGCACGUCGUAUCUCCCGAGGACACUUUAAUGAAACACAUGAAAGAAAUAUCCAAAGAAAUAUCACUGUACCUUUGUAUAGCUGUGUCAAACACACCUUCUACAUGUUGGAUGCUCCAGAUUUUCUAAACCCCGUGGAAUUUCUGGUGGUGUUUGCGUUAUCAAAUCCAGAGGAUGGACCAGUUUUAGAUGCCAGUUUACCAAAUAAAAAGAAAGCUUUGGUAUCUUUCACAAAGGAUUGUGGAGAAGAUGAAGAGUGCAUCAAUGACCUGACACUUAGUGCACAUGCAGACCUGAAGGGUAACAGAAUGAAACCUCACAUCGUUCGAUCUAAUCAGAAGAAAUUCAGUCUGGCGAUUAACUUAAUAAACCAAAAGGAAAAUGCCUACAACUCAAGAAUAACUGUGACCUUUUCUAAAAAUAUAUAUUUCACUGGAGUUGAGCAAAAUGAUGAUUGCGUGCCAUCAGAAUCCAGCAAUGUGACAUGUAAAGUGGGAUAUCCCUUUCUCACACCUGGAGCAGAGGUUUCUUUUAAGAUGAAAUUUGAGUUUAACAGCUCUCAUCUCCUCGAUGAUGUUCACUUACACCUGGAGGCAACAAGUGACAGCAGUGAACAAAAUGAAACAUUGAGUGACAAUGAAGUCACCAUCUCAGUUCCAGUAUUGUAUGAAGCUGGGCUUCUCUUUUCAAGAACUAUAAAGGAUGACCAUUUUAAGAUAGCAGCCAAUGAGACGAUUCCUGAUGUUAUUAACAGCAUAGAGGAAAUUGGUGAUGCAGCAGACAUCACUUAUACGAUCUACAAUGACAGGGUCUUUCCAAUUGCCCUCCUUAGGAUGACUAUAAUGUUCCCAUACGUCUCUCCUGAGAACAAUACCCUUCUAUAUUUGACAGGGAUUACAUUUUCUUCAAGCAAUACAAUCAGUUGCCAUGACUCUCAAUUCAUGGAUCCCCUGAAGAUACAAGGUAAAAACCCUCACAAACCAUCUCCAGCAGAAGAAAACCUCAUCAACUCAAUCGGGAUAUGUGAAAAUAAUGCAGGAUGUGCUGAUUUCUCCUGUACUAUAUAUCCAUCAAGUCUGGUUGAAUUUAAUAUGUCAUUAAGAAUAUGGAAACCUUCUUUUAUUAAAGCAAAAUUUAAUUCAAUAGGCCUAAAUAUAACUGCUACACUCACAAUUGAAGAAUCGCCACUGGUGGUACUGAACAAAGCAAUGGAAAGAACAACAGUGACUUUAACUGUAUCAAAAGAAUCUCGUGGAGGUGUCCCAAUCUGGGUGAUUAUACUCAGUGUUCUUGCUGGCCUGCUGCUUCUUGCACUUGUAAUAUUUGCACUGUGGAAGGCUGGAUUUUUCAGAAGACCUUUAAAAGAAAAGAUGUGAGAAGUUCACAAACCUGUCUGAGAAGCACAGUAGAAAACAAAGCCUUUAAUAUCACAACAAUCCAUCAAUAUUAUGGAAGACAAUAAAAGUUGUAAAAUUAUGUUCAUGAAAGUAAUUUACAGUGUCUUGCAUGAGAAAAAUGUUAUCCAAACUAUUCAUUUGUUAAUAUGUUGUAUAUAUUUAACAUUUUUUUAAAAUGCUAAAAGUGUGUUUGUACAUUUUAAACUGUUUGAAAGUCUUUAUAAUCUAUAUAUCAUUCAAGUUGAUUAUUUUAAGUAUCACCAAGUUAUACCUGUCCUCCUUUGGAUAAUUACUUAAACUAUAACAAAUAAUGAUCACUCCCCUUUCUGCUGGACAUCAAAAACAUAUUUUUUCCUGGUGCUUGUAGAUUUUUCUUGGUAUUGUCAGAUUUAAAGAUCUUGCUCAGUUGCUAUCGUGAUUAUGUACUUUGGAAAAUGCUUUUUGUUUUUGUAGAUUUAAAACUGUUGUCAUACAAUUUUUAACAUUUCGAAGCAAUUGCAAGCAUAUAUUUGAAUAGAGACUUUUUUUUAAAUAGCAGCUGAAUAUGAUGGUAGAUGGUAAGAGGUGUACAUAUUUCAAAUUUUCCAACCAGUUUACUUCUAGAACAUUUAGGUAAUAAGGUGAGAUUUAAUGAACAAUUGUAUAUAUUAAGAACUAUAGGCAUUAGUACAGGGGUCAAAAACCAAAGAAGACAGAAAUUGUGAGGAACUUAUAAUGAGAAAAUAAGACAAAUUUGAAGCACAGAAUGGUAGAAAGCAAUAAAGAGCAAAACUGAAUUAAUGGAGGAGGCAACUUCAUCAGUCAGGAAUCUAACAGGCCAUAUCAUCACAACUUUUUGUCAAAAAAUGUCCUGUACAAGGUUUCCAUCACUCCUAAUCUGCCAUCAUUGGAGAUUUAGAGAGGAACCAAAUCGGGAUCUGACACAGUCAGCCUAGAUAUUUCAAGUAUACUUUACUAUGUGUUUUUUAUAUUCUUCCAUGGUUUCUUAGGUGUCAGAAGCAAGUAUGUGAUUUGUUUCCCAUCCUUAAUUACACUUGGACUGAGUGGCUUGUUAGGCCAUUCUGAGGAAUAGUUAACCAUACCUCAAUGUAUGCCUGGAGUAACACAUAGACCAGACCAGGGAAGGGUGGUAGAUUUCCUUCCUUAAAGGGCGUUAAUGAACCAGAAUUUUUUUACAGCAAUUGGCAAUGGUUAUACAGUCAACAUUAGACUAGCUUUCAAUUCCAGAUUUUAAAAAAGUCCACCAAUAGCCACUAAUAAUAAAAACUGAAAGCACAACGAAUGCUGUAAAUCAGAAAGAGAAAUAGAAAUUGCUGGAAAACUCAGCUGGUCUGGCAGUAUCUGUGGAGAGAAAUCAGAGUUAAAAUUUUUGUGUCGGGUGACCCUUCCCCAGGACCAUCAGCGAAAAAAAUGUAGACUUCCUCUUGGCACUUAAUAUACUGAGAUAGAGAACUGUUAUUUGACAAAAAUGUAUUUAAUACAAAUGCAAAGCUUCUCAGCAAGACAGUAGUGCAGCACAGUCUUGUAGAGGAACAGGACAAUUCAAACAAAAGCUUCACAUUUAACUGUGCAUAUAUCUGUCACCAUUAUUUCUACCAUACUGUUACAGCUUUCAAUUAACUACUGCACAAAGUAAUCACCCUUCAAUUAUAUUUCUUUUACAUAAAAUAAUUAUAAGGUCAAUUUUCCUACAUUUUACUGAUGAAAAAAUGCUCACUUUCCUGAAUAAAAAUGUCAGGGCAGAGUCGUGGAUUUGAAUUAUUUGGUCAACAUGUUUUUGAUCAUUUCUAAGGGUUCCCUGGGGGCAGGCCAAAGAUUUAUUCAGAGAUAGAUUUCAAGUGAAGAUAAAAGAAUAGAUAUAACUGUAAAGAGAUCUGCAAAGCAGAAGUAGUUUCUCACUUCAGCUUCAGUACUUGCAGGAGAUCUUUAUCGGCAACUUGCUGAUCUGUGCUUGUCACAAAAAAAGCAGUUCCAUAACCAUCCACUUUGUAGCCAAGACAGGAAGUCAGACCACUUCUUGUUUUAAAAGACUAUGCCUUCAAUCCAUUGCUGCGUUAUUUCUGUUCCUUUUGAAGUCAAGUUUUGAUGGGUGAUCAAACUGAUAUCAUACAUCAUACACUAUCAUUAAAAGUAAAAAUUAGCCCAUUUUUAAAAUUUUCAUUUGUUGCUUUGAAAUUGUUAGUGCAACAAAAUAAUGUCUCUAUUUCAAUCUAAUUGUGAUUUUUUUAAUGCAGACUUUGUUUAGUCUGUAAUGAUUAAUCCUGCCUAUUGAUCUCAGUCAAAUUUUAUGCAAUGCUAUUUUCCUGGCAGUGCUACUGGUGUAUAUUAUUAUUUUUAUGAUCAUGUGCACACUGUAACUUAUUGGUAGACUUUGAAGUUGUAAGUAUGAAGUGCAAAACAUGGCAUCCUCUGCUCAGUAUACCAAAGUAAUCCACAUGGUGUUUACAUUCAGGUUUCAGAUUGUGUUGCACGUAGUGCAAAAAGAAAUCUUUCACCUCUGCCCCAAGGGUGUAUAUAUUGUCUGGAGGUGGGCAUAUCAGAAUGCAGUAUAUCAAAGGAAGGAGAAUAAAUGUACCUUGUGCAUUGCCAUUUUCAUUCUAGCUUUAAAACAGUGAUGUCUAUCUUGGAUGAAGGCUCGGCAAGUAAAAUAAUUUUCUUUGCCCCUCAACUCUUAAGCGAAUGAUUUUAAUUGCAAUCUUCCUCUGAAUCGCUACGCUGGUGAAAUGACGUAGUGUUGCCAUAAAUAUUAGACUGCUUGUUAUCACUUUAUACCAAAUGUAUAUAAAUGUUAGUUUAAAUUUAAGAGAUGUUUAACUUCAAGGACCAAUAACACUGUUUAAUUCAAAAUGUAAGGCAGGGAAUUUCCUUGGAUCUGCCUUGAUUUCUGCUAUUUUUGUAUAAACCAACUUUAGACAUUUUGUAUGCAAUGGGGCAGGAAACAGCUCUGAGAAAAAUGCCAAGCUACAUCCAUUGUUUAACUUCCAAGGGUGAAGUGCUUUCUGUCAAUAAAAUGACUUAAGGAUGUUUGCAUGAAUGUAGAAUGGGAAAAUCUUUUUACUUGUGCUGAUUCUUUUUUAAUAAAAAUCAUAAUAUAA